AUGCACCGGACCACGCGCCUGAAGAUCACGGAGUUGAACCCGCACCUGAUGUGCGCACUCUGCGGGGGUUAUCUCACAGAUGCCGCCACCGUCGUCGAGUGUCUCCAUUCUUUUUGCAAGACCUGUAUUGUUCGAUACAUGGAAACCAGUAAAUUUUGUCCUAUUUGUGACGUCAUGGUGCAUAAGACGAAGCCGCUCACGAAUGUCAGGCUGGACAAAACGCUACAAGAUCUGGUCUACAAGUUGGUUCCAGGACUCUUUAAAAAUGAAAUGAAGAGGCGCCGAGAAUUUUAUUCUGCAAAUCCUGACUUAG